AUGGCUCUCCGGCUCAGCAGGUUACUGCGACCGCUCCAGCAGGCGGAAUAUACCUGUCUAACAUGUCGGUCUUUCAGCACUUCCAGCAAUGUGUUUUCCGGUCAUAACAAAUGGUCAACAAUCAAGCAUGACAAGGCACGGAAUGACAAGGCGAAAAGCAAAGAACGUGCAAUGGUUGGCAAGGAAAUUGCCAAUGCUACACAGAUGUGGGGUCCUGACCCGAAGUACAAUCCUCGACUGACACUUGCACUAUCGAAUGCGAAACGAGCCUCCAUUCCCAAGAUUAUUAUCGAAGCCGCAAUCCUACGAGGGCAGGGAUUAAGUGUGUCAGGACAAGCCUUAGAGAGCGUUACGAUUGAGGCCAUGCUACCAGGCUCCGUGGCUGCAGUUGUCGAAUGUCAAACCGAUCAGAAGGCGCGGGUACUCCAAGAUGUUCGUUAUUUGAUCAAAGACAAUGGAGGGAUUGUUACACCGACUACAUAUCUCUUUGAAAAGAAGGGGAAGGUGGUUUUCGAGAAGAAGGACGGCACGAAUCCAGACGACUAUCUUGAUCAGGCCAUCGAAGCUGGUGCGGCGGACAUCACUACGGACGAUAAGGGCCGCCUAGUGCUACUCACUAACCCUUCGGAGACGAAAAGUGUUGGUGAGACGUUUGCCAAGCUAUCUGGCCUCGAAAUUGAAGAAUUGGAAAUAUUCUGGGAUCCGAAUGCGGAUACCAUGGUUGAGGUGCAGGACGGAGAGCAUAUCAAGGCCCUUGAAGAUCUUUUAAGCGGUUUGCGUGAAGAUUCCAGUGUUCAAGAUAUAUACUUGAACUCGACCGAGAAGUUUUGA